AUGGAGCCUGCGAGGGAUCCACCUUGGGCCGAGCAUGAGAAGCUGUAUCUGCUCGCCGAGAUAAUUAAGGCGGCGCCCGUUCCCUCGAGUGUGCUAUACGGCAUCAUCAGAGACGCUCAGAUCCAGCCCAAAUGGUCCGACAUUGCCCUACCUCACGGACGCUCGCUCCGCUCCUGUCAACAAGCCUUCGAUAACCUCGCGCCCAGCUAUCCAGGCGCGGACUAUAGACAGCGCCCUCCGCUACCUGCUCCUGUCGUGGGAUCCUAUCCCGGUCCUGAGGUUCCAAAGAAACGUCCGCUACAGCCUGAAACGUCCACUCCGAUUGGCCGCCUGCUGCAACCUCGGCCACCUCACUCCUACCCGGGCGAGUACACGAGCGGGCCAACCUAUGUGAUGUCGCCCGUUGCUGAGCCGUCAAACAAGAAGAAGCGGGGUCGGCCAACCAAAGCAGAGGCACAAGCAAGAGCAGACGCAGCGGCGGCGCGAGGAGAGGUCUACCCACCACCCAGGAAACAGAGGACGUCCCUCCCGUCUGUGGAGCCAUCACCACUACCGUCUGGUCGAAUGACACCUGGCCCAGCACCAAUGGUGUCCAUGGUAGCAACGACACCGCAGGUGCCUCACAUGGAGGUAGAAGAGGAGUCGUCAGGCAAGAGGAAGCGCCAAAAGCCCUCGCCAUUAGAGCUGGAGAGAGCGCCUAGAGGAGAAGGAGUAAUCGAUACAGAAUCACCCUCGUUAAUUGGAUCAGCGUCAGCGGAAGGCUUACGCCCGCCACUGUUUUCCCAGCAAUACACACCCGCAUCAGCAGCCCCAUUUUCAUCAACAGACCCGAGAGAUAGAGACCAAGACCGGGAUCGAGACCGCGACCGCGAUGUGCGGAUGGAAGGAGUCGAAGAUCCCCAACAACAACACAGAACCACCACCCCUCGCUCAUUCAAAGAUACCGUCGGCAUAUAA